AUGGCAAGCUCAAACCCAUACUACGAAGAAUGGAAGCAAGGUGCUACCUAUUCCAGAUAAUUCCAGCAGACAAUGAAGCAAGAUUAGGAAUACUAGGACAACUAAAACAAAUUCUGGGCUUGCACAGAAGAUGAUUGGCAAGUCAGACAAUAGUAACUGUAGGAGGAGAGAGCCUAUGAUCCUAAAGCCACAAUUAAGAAUCAAUUCGUUCUUGAUAAAAACCAAUCUUAAGCUCCUGUGAAUAAGUAUAUCGCAUCAUAGGACUAUCAAACAUCCAACCACGCUUUCCACUAGAUGACUGAAAACUCACAGAAUAAACUUAGAGAGACUUAAGGCUUCACAAAUCCAGUGAUUGAAGGACUUCAGCCUGAGGUAUUUGAGGUAUCAGCAAAGCGUAAUGCCCCCAUUUGGAAGACUGAUCAAUACAAGGACCCAGACUUCAGAGAAAACCUCAAUGCAACUACUAACAGGAAUGUGCAAAACUACGAUGCUGAGAUUGCUCAGAAGAUGAGAGUUACCAAGCAUAACAUCAAAGUCACCAAUAUCUCUGAAUAUUCUAAUGCUCUUAACAGAGGCAGUGUCUUUAUUAACCCUAAGUUUGGUAACUUUAAAUUUAAAUUUGAAUUUGUAAUGGCUAAAAACAGAGGUUGCAGCUGUUGGCCCUUCUCUAGAACUAAAACUCAAACUACUACUCAGAGUCAAUUGCCACGCAUUAAGAAUGAAUAAAUACAGAAAGGCAUUUAGAGACCUGACUUGAAUUUCAACCCCAGUUUUACAAAUCACAGCAAUACCAACUUCUUAGUCAUUCAGAGAAGCUAAUUGAGAUCUGAUAGUCAACUCUUGGUUAACCCUCUUAUACCUAACAUGGUUCCAUUUAUUGCUUAAAGCAGUGUCUUUGAAGAAGUAAGAAAUCGAAACAAGGUGCGCAUCAAGACAACAAUUUAGAAAAGUCAAGUUAAGUACAAAGAUGAAUACCCUACUCUAAUAGAGGAAUAAAAAAUCUAUAAAUACUGUUGCCCCAUUUGCCUUCGCUAUUUUAACACUAUCCUUGUGUCAACUUGCUGUCAAAACUAUCUUUGCAGAAUGUGCAUCGGCGAUAUGGCCAAAAAAGCAAAGAAGGAUAUAAACUUUAUAAUUAGAUGUCCACACUGCUUUGAGAAUGAUUUUAAGCUUCAUGAUGUAAAUCAAGAAGAAAAAGUUAAAUUUUAUACUGAUACCCCUUUCAAAUUUACUAAAACAUAAAAAGAAGAACUUGAGAAUAGCAUCCAAAAGAUCAAUAAUAGCUCAGAGGACAAGCAUUAACAUCUUUAAAAUAGCUCACAAAUAGUAUCCCCUUCCUUUUAAGUUCAUAUCACUGAUAUCUCCUAUAAAAAAGAAUAAAGACAUAAUGACAUCUUUAGCUUAAAUCCUGUGCUCAUAAAUAGACAGGAGAGUGUUAAUUUACUCCCACCUAUCGGUGACAAUGAAUAACCCAUAUACGAAAGUCCUUAUCCUAAGCUUAACAAUCUGGAUGAAGAUAAUAAUUAACUUUUUGAGGAAAAUCUAGCAUUCAUUAGCCCAGAGGAGGAGAGGAAAUCUCAAUUUGAAGUAUAAAAUAAUGUUUUCUUGAGUUAAAGGAACAUUUUAUAAGGGAGUAUUAUAAAUUCGAUCCAUUCAAAUAGGCCUGUGUACAGCUCUCUCAUCGACUAGGUUUAGAAUCAUAAUCAAAACAGCUAUCGAUUUUUUAAAAGUGAAAGAAAUUAGCACUGUGUUCCGCUUCAUCCAAUUGAUAACAUCGCUAAUCGAUAAUCGAUGAGAUUCGUCUAGGUUAGAGAUUCUUUGAAUAGAAUCAAAUUGGCGAAUAAUUCAAUUCAUAGAGAGAGUUAAAUAGGCUUAAAUUAAUCCUUAAUAAGCAAAAGUUUAAACUUUUAGCAUUUAGACCUGAUCGAUGCAGAUCAAAAAGCAGAGAGAACAGGCAAAGGUAGCUCGUAGUUUAGAUUAAGGUCUAAUAACAGAUAGCUUAGUUCAUCUAAUCACUCGAAUAAAUCUGAAGAGGUGAAAUCUACUAUACACAAGCAAGUGAAUGCUAUCAAUAUGUUUAAAAAUGAGAACUUCUUCGAAAAUAUUCCUCUCUCUUUUAGAUAAAGUCAGACUGAGAUGAUAAACAAAGAAGGAUUUGUAUCAAUAAAGGAACUUAUAGCAUAGAGGAACGCUCAAUCUGAUAAAAAGGUAGUAAGAAGGAUUAGUGAUCAUAUAGAAAGAAGUGGGGUGAAUAGGAAUUCAUAAAUUCAUCAAUCAUAAUAAUUACUCAUGUCUCCCAGUCUGAAAUUUAAGGAUUUGGAUGACGAAAGAAAUAUAGAUGUAUCACUUAGAGGCCGAUUGUAAAUAGAUCAAAGAAAGUCCUAGUGA